AUGGAUGAAAAUUCAGACUACAGUCUUGCACGAAACAGAUCAAAAAGAGAGAAAUCCGAUAGGCAUGGGAGGUUUGCGGCAUUGGCCAAGUUGAAAGAAGCCAAACUGGCUGGUGAGAAGUUCAGGCCAGACAUUCUGAAUGAGAAGAACGUUUACGAUGAAGUCGAUGAGUCAGAGUACUCGGAGAUCGUUAGGAACCGGCAGGAAGAUGACUGGAUUAUUGAUGAUGGGUCGGGUUACGUCGAAGAUGGCAGGGAGCUGUUUGACGAGGACAUCUAUGAUGAGCCUCAAAUGAAGAAUGUUACAAACGUUAGAAAUGUUUCAAAUGUAACAAAUGUUACAGAUUUUACAAGUGUUACAAAAGUUACAAAUGUUGAAAAUUCUUCAGAGACAAAAACCCAGAAGAAGAACCCAGCAGGAUUGGCGACCAACCCGAACAUUCGACCACCGAAUUCCAAACCAUCGAACAUUAAGAGCUUGUUUGCAGCUGCUGCGGUAAAACCCAAGAAAAAAGUUGAAACAAGUGCAGACCUAGAGAAGGAUGAUUUGUUGAUGGGAUUGAUGGAGGAAAUGAAAAAAGAUGAAGACAUCAUCCAACCAACACCGGUUCGCCUCAAGAAGCACAAAGAACCAGCGUUCAAUAGGAAAAUUACAAUUGAAAAAGAAGAAGUGAUUGAAUUGGACGGAGAAACCCCAGCCUCUCUGUCAUCGCAUUCUUCAUCGACAACAACUGCAGAACCAAUAAUAGAACAACAACAGUUUGACUUUGACAACGAACUCAGUUGGAUAUUGACCACAGAAAUUCCAUCAACCACCGAAGAAAAACACGAGUUGUCGUAUGUCACUGACGACGAUGGAGAGAAGGUACUCAAAAUGUACUGGCUGGAUGCGUUUGAGGACCAUUUUAAACACCCUGGUGUUGUUUUUUUGUUCGGCAAGGUGUGGGUGGAGUCGUCCAACUGCCACAAGAGUUGUUGCAUCAUUGUGAGGAACAUUGAGAGGCGGAUCUUCAUUCUGCCCAGGUCAAAGAGAUUAGUGAAUGGCCAGCCAACAGAUGAGGCAAUCAGCAUAGCCGAUGUCUACGAUGAAUUCAACAAGCACCUUUCCACCAACAAGCUGUAUGCAUUUGAGAAGAACGACGUGCCAAUGGAGAGUGAUUAUUUGGAAGUCAGAUACCCUGCCACGGAAGCACAAAUCCCAAACAACGUCAGUGGGGAAACGUUCAGUGAAAUAUUUGGCACGACAACCUCGUCUCUCGAAAUCUUUCUCAUUGAUAGGAGACUGAAGGGACCUUGCUGGUUGGACAUUCGCAAGUCCAAAACUAACAACCCCGCCGUGACUUGGUGUGCCUUUGAGCUGUCCUUGACCCGCCCUGAGGAUGUUGUCGUGUCGAGCGACCAGCCCUGCCCUCCAAACAUUUGCGUCAUGUCCCUCUCACUCAUCACCUACGUCAAUCAGCAGACCAAGGAGAAUGAGAUCAUUGGUGCCUCCAUGUUGGUGAACUCUAAACUUCCGAUUGAUAAACCAAACGAUUUGAUGUUAAUUUUAAAAAAUACUUUCCCACUUGCGUUAGCCAUAAGCAAGCCGAACAAUUGUGUCUUUCCAUUUGAUUUGAAGGAGAAAAUGGAAAAGAAGAUGAAGAAGAUGAAAGUGGAGAUGGUCGGCUGUGAGAGAGCCCUGCUGACCCUACUCGCCAUCAAGAUCGGCAAAGUCGACCCCGACGUCAUAGCUGGGCACGACAUUGCAGGGUUUGAACUGGACGUCUUGCUGCACAGGCUGCACAAGUGUAAAGUGUCACAGUGGUCCAAGGGAUUCAACAACCAGCGCAUGAUACAGAUGAUGUUUGCUGGUCGACUGCUCUGCGAUGUCCAGCUGUCAGCACGAGAACUCAUUCGCUGCCGGAGUUACGACCUGACCGAGCUGACCAAUCACGUCUUGAAGGAGAGAAGGAAGAUGGUGGAGGAAGUUAAAGAUGUUGUCUACCUCUUCAGCUCGUCUGAGAAGUUGCUGGAUUUGAUGUCUUGCGGAAUGGCUGACUGUUCGUACGUCUUCAGGAUCAUGUGCGAACUCAACAUCCUGCCUCUCGCACUCCAGAUUACCAACAUCUGUGGAAACCUCAUGUCGAGAACAUUGUUGGGUGGUCGAUCAGAGAGAAACGAAUACUUGCUGCUGCAUGCCUUCAACAGCAAAAACUUCAUCGUCCCAGACAAGAUCUAUAAAAAAGCAAAACAAAUGGAAGAGGAAGAAGAAGCCAACGACGACGAUGUAGCAGCUGCUAAGAUGAACAAAUCUUCAAGGAGGAAACCUGCCUAUGAAGGAGGACUUGUACUCGAGCCAAAGAAAGGGUUUUAUGACCACUUCAUUCUUUUAUUGGAUUUCAACAGUCUGUAUCCGUCCAUCAUUCAAGAGUAUAACAUAUGCUUCACUACCGUUUCGUCCAACAACCCAGUGGAGUCCGGCGCCGACGGGAAGUCCGAUGAGGGCAUCAUCUUGAAUUCGGGACUGCCUCCAGGAGUCCUGCCCACGGAAAUCAGGAAGUUGGUGGAAAGCAGGAAGCAGGUGAGGGGACUUAUGAAGAGUUGUGAUGAGAAGUCAGAUUUGUAUCUGCAGUACGACAUACGCCAGAAGGCAUUGAAGCUGACAGCAAACAGCAUGUACGGAUGUCUUGGCUUCUCGUCGUCGAGAUUCUAUGCUAAGAGGCUAGCCGCUCUCGUCACUGGGAAGGGCCGGGAGAUUCUAUUGAAAACAAGAGAUCUAGUCCAAGCUAUGGGCAUAGAGGUCAUAUAUGGAGACACUGACUCCAUCAUGGUUAACACUGGACUGACCAACUAUGAUGAAGUCAUCAAACUUGGAAAUAAGAUCAAAUCAGAAGUGAACAAGUUGUAUCGACUGCUCGAGAUUGACAUAGAUGGAGUCUUCAAAUCGAUGCUCCUAUUGAAGAAGAAGAAGUACGCAGCACUGAUGGCCACCAGACUUCCCGAUGGUUCCCUGGUCACAAAGCAGGAGAGCAAGGGUCUUGACAUUGUCCGCAGGGAUUGGUGUCCACUGGCCAAAGAAGUUGGAAAUUACAUGUUGAGUCAGGUCUUCUCGGGGGAGAGUCGAGAAGUCAUCGUGGAGAACAUUCACAACAAGCUGUUCGAGGUGGCCCAACAGGUCAGGCAGGGUCUCAUACCAAAGGAAUUGUUCUACAUCACCAAACAACUGACACGCAGUCCCGAGGAUUACAAGGACAUCGACAGCCUGCCCCACGUCCAGGUGGCUGCCAGACUGAACAAACACCUGGCCAGGAAGUUGAAAGCUGGUGACAUUAUCUAUUACGUUAUAUGUCAGAAUGGGACGAACGAUGCGGCAACUAAGAGAGCCUACCAUCCCGACGAACUCAACAAGUCGGAUACACUUCAAAUUGACGCCAACUACUACCUCUCCCAGCAAGUCCACCCCGUCGUGGCACGACUGUGUGACCCCAUCGAGGGCACCGACGCUGGACAUAUCGCCGAGUGUCUCGGUCUUGAUGCGAAAUCCUUCCAUCAGACAAUCGUAAGAAGAGACGUGGACGGUGAGGAGGACGGCGCCGGACUGGCUGGUGGUGAAGUUUGUGACGAGGAGAAGUACAAGGACUGCGAGAGACUGACCAUCAGUUGUCCGUCGUGUGCUUUCGUGAAUGUCAUCGAGUCUGCAUAUGCUGAUGAGACCAACGUCAGCAGCAGCAACAACAACACAUCCUCCCAGCAACGCUUAACUCUCGAGAGGUGCGGCAACAGUAGUUGCUCCACGAAUCUUCUGCGGCAUGGCAACUACCUUAAAAACAGGUUGACGUCAUUUGUAAGGAGCUUCAUCAGGAGGUACUACGACGGAUGGAUGAGAUGCGAGGACGUUUGCUGCAACUUCCGAACCAGGAAGGUACCUCUAGCGUUCAAGAAUGGCCACGCUGUCUGUCCGGCUUGUAGGAAGAAUGCUUUGCAGUGCGAGUUCACGGAGAAAAGUUUGUACAACCAGCUGUGCUACUUGCUAACUGUUUUUGACGUCAACUAUCUGGACAGCAGCAAAGCAGACAAAAGAAGCACAAAGUUCUUGAAGGAGCGUGACGUAGAAGUGAUGAACGAGCUAAAGGAGGUCAUUGACCAGAAGAUGAAGACGGCAGAAUACACUAUAUGUACCUGCUUCUCCGAUUGUAAAUCCCCAAUUAAUUAUAAAUAA